AUGGUGGCCUUUUCGACACUCAUCUGGACCAGCGCAAAGCCCAUCAUCAAGUUCGUGGUGUUCGCAGGAUGCGGCGCGUUGAUGGCCAAACAUGGCCUGCUCUCCCCGGCAGGCACCAAGGUCGUCGCUGGUCUAAUCUUGAACUAUACCCUCCCCGCCCUUCUCUUUGCCAAGAUGCUCGCCUGUGUCAGCGAAGAUAACGCCGGAGAGCUCGGGUUGGUGGCGUUGGUGGCGGUCGGGAUUAUGUUGAUGGGGGGGUUCUUAGGGUGGCUGAUUCAAAGGACGGGGUUGAUCCCCAAGCGUCUACAUUGGGGCAUCGUUGCCGCCACCAUGUUCACCAACUUUGGCGACCUACCAAUCUCGAUUAUUCUGGCAGUGUCGGACCACCCACCGUUCCUGGUGGGAGAUGGAGCGCGGGGCACAGCAUACUCGAGUGUGUUCAUCGCAGUGUUCUAUCUGUUCCUGUUCCCCUUUGGAGGAUACAAGUUGAUUCGUAUCGAUCAUGUCAAGGAAUCCAAGCGGCUCGCUAACCUCACCACUGCCCUCCAAAACCACGAAAACAACAACAACAACAACGUUACAAGCGAAGGAAACGGAAAUCCUUCUUCUUCUGGUGCACCUGUAACGAUUUCACCAAGUGUGAGUGAGGUCACGCUCGGGGGCGGACAUUCAAGUCCACUUCAGCGACAACAAUCUUCCUCGCCUCAUCAGGAUCUCACGCUGCAGCAUCCUCCACAUCAGCGACACUUGUCCUCACCGCGUCAGCAUCACGUUCGACAGGACCAAGGCGGGCUCCAGUCUUCCUUCUCGGCCACGUCGACUAUGAUUAGUAUGGAUUAUAAUAUGGAGGAGAAUGCGAAAGAGUUGAGUUACAGGCCUUCGGAUCCUUUGCAGGGUACUGGACACGGACAGGAGCCUUCUAGCCCUUCGCUGGAUUCGGCUGCUAGCCCUACAACGACUGCGAAUUCGCCUCUGAGGGAGACGCAUAGUGCGUCGACUAAUCCUUUUGCGAGGAUGAAUCAGGAUCCGGCGGGAACACAGCCGACGAGUCCCGGGGCUGGGAAUCAUAGUGGAGGGAGCACUAAUGGACAGACGAGCCCGAUGCUAGUCCAUCCGCCGUAUCCACUCCACGCGCUCAAAUCUUCCGAGUUACAGUACCAGCACCAACAUCGGUACAGUGUGGAGAGUAUGGCGAGCAAUGGUACAGGAGCAACACAGUUCUCGACCAGUCAUGAGGACGAUCACAAUAGUCUUAUCCACCCACCUGCGCCGGCUAUGGGCAAAGGAGGUCUGAAUAACUCUGCAUCCAGAAAGAAAUCGAUCCGGCCGACAUUGCUCAGAGGGUACCAGCCACCGACUCUGAGCCAGCAGCAACAACAACUAUCACAACAGUCACCGACGACGCCGAGGUCAUUGGGCAGCAUGUCGAGGAGUGGAUCACAGUCACCGUUUAUCUCCCUGACGCCGCCGAGUACAUCUGGAGACGGGUCGAGUGGGGGAGCACCAACAGAAGUGUCUGGUUUGGGAUUCAAGAGACGUGGAAGUGGAGCAGGAACAGUUGGUGAUAGGAUUGAGCCAAUGACGGAUGUGCCCUUCGAGAUGGUGACACUCGGAGCCACCCGAGGAGAAUCGAGCGCGUCGAUGGGCUCAUCAGCAACAACAGUUGCAUCCGAUGCAGCAGAAACACAUGACCCAACACCAUUACCAAAGGUGCCGCCACAACUCCAAAAGUCCUACGAAUCCAAGAAAAGCCUCCAACAACUCCAACGCCAAGAAAAACAAUGGCUCUGGCGAUUCUUCCACUCAACACGCGAGUACUUAACCCCUCCAACCAUCGGUCUCCUCCUGGGUCUCCUCUGCACCCUGACCCCUCUCCGUGGCCUCUUUGUCCUCACCCCCAACCCCCUCCCUUCACCCGACGAACUCCCUCCACUGAGCUUCAUCCUCGAAAUCACCCUCAUGCUCGGCGGCUGCUGCGUCCCUCUAGGCCUAACCGUCCUUGGCGCAUCCCUCUCGCGCCUCAAACCCGGUCGUAUGCGACCCCUGAUUCCGGCCCUUACCAUGAUCACCAUCGCGAAAAUGGUCAUUUCCCCCCUUGUGGGAGUUCUAUUUGUAGAACUGGUCCUCGUCCGACAUUUCCAAUGGGUCUCUGCACAGAACCAUAUGUUGCAGUUCACAUUGAUGUUGAUGUCGGGUUCGCCGACGAGCAUGAUUUGUUUUGUGUUGGCGCAGGUGUGGGAUCGGAGGACGACGAAUGCAGGGAGUGAGAUGGCGGCUGUGAUUGCGGUCCAGUAUGCAGUUGGGACGGUGUUGAUUACGCUGGGUAGUGCGUUCAUGAUGUACUUCUUGUUCUGA